AUGGAGAUUCUUCUGUCUUUCCUCUUGUUUCUUUUAGUUCCUCUUCUCUUCUCGUUAAUCUACAUCAAUAAGAUCAAAUACUCAAAGAAUAUUCCUCCGGGCCCAACAAAACUUCCAGUCAUCGGAAACCUACACCAGCUCCAUGGAUUGCUUCACAGAUGUCUUCACGAUCUCUCCAAGAAACACGGACCUGUGAUGCUUCUCCGUCUAGGGUUUCUUCCAGUGGUCGUGAUAUCAUCAACUGAAGCAGCUGAACAAGUUCUCAAAACCCAUGACCUUGAGUGUUGUACACGGCCCAACACUGCCGCCUCAAGGGUUUUCUCGCGCAACGGUAAAGACAUCGCACUUGGGGUCUAUGGUGAGGAAUGGAGAGAGCUUCGGAAACUUGCCGUUCGUGAGUUUUUCAGUGUGAAAAAAGUUCAAUCUUUCAGGUACGUUAGAGAGGAAGAGAAUGACUUGAUGGUCAAGCAACUGAGAGAAUCGGCUUUGAAGCAAUCUCCUGUUGAUUUGAGCAAAACCCUUUUUUGCCUAGCUGCGAGUAUCAUAUUCAGAACCGCCUUUGGACAGAGUUUCUCCGAGAACAAGCAUAUCGAUAAGGAAAGGAUCGAAGAACUGAUGUUUGAGAGUCAGAGAAAUUUUUCUCUCAAAUUCUCUGAUUUCUUCCCUGUUGCAGGUCUUGGAUGGUUUAUGGACUUUGUGUCAGGCCAAUACAAGAGGCUUCACAACAUUUUCCUCGAGAUUGAUACUUUUCUUAAUCAUAUAAUUGAUGAUCAUCAAUCGAAGAACGCAACUCAAGAUCGUCCUAAUUUGGUCGACUCCAUCUUAUAUAUGAUAAAUAAACAAGAAGACGAUCAAUCUUUCAAGCUCACCAUUGAUCAUCUCAAAGGAAUCAGCCAAAAUAUAUAUCUUGCUGGAGUAGACACAAGCGCCAUCACCAUGAUUUGGGCGAUGGUAGAGCUCAUUAAAAACCCUAGAGUGAUGAAAAACGUUCAAGACGAGAUCCAAACUUGCAUUAGAAGCAAACCAAAGGAGAGAAUCGCAGAAGAAGAUCUUGAUAAGCUUCAAUACUUGAAGCUUGUGGUGAAAGAAACGUUAAGACUACAUCCAGCAGCUCCUCUGUUACUCCCAAGAGAAACAAUGAGUCAUAUCAAGAUUCAAGGUUACGAUAUUCCAGCAAAAACCCUUCUACUAGUUAACUCUUGGUCGAUAGGACGAGAUCCUAAACACUGGGAAAAUCCAGAAGAGUUUAUCCCUGAGAGGUUUAUGGAUAGUCCUGUGGACUACAAAGGACAGAGUUUCAAAUUGUUACCUUUUGGUUCUGGUCGGAGGAUGUGUCCAGGAAUUGCUUCGGGGAUUGCGACCGUUGAAAUGGGACUCUUAAAUCUGCUUUACUAUUUCGACUGGAAAUUGCUCAAGGAGAAAGAUUUUGACAUGGAAGAAGCUGGUGAUAUUACCAUUGUUAAGAAAGUUCCUCUUCAGCUUCUUCCUGUUCUUCGCCAGUGGGAUGUUGAGGAACAAUAG